AUAUAGCUCAGUCUUCGGUCAGUGCAGUUACAAUACAGGAGCGAUGUGUGAAACUAAUGUUGCAAGUUUUGGGUUUGUUUGAUAUAAGUUGUGUUUCAAAAUGUUAACAGUUGUUCGACGAAGAUAGAAUGUAUCGAAUAGUAAGGAUCUUACUUUGCGUUCUGUUAGCCGCAUCUCAGGUUCUAAUUCAACACGCGUCAGAUGUUUUUGCGCGACGAGGAAGAAUAACGAAACCCGACACCUCCAUUAUCGAUCUUGACACCAAUGUAACCUUCUUCCUGCUCGAAUGCACGCUGGACAACUUUUUGGUGGGCAGUAGUGACAUCAGCAUGUUGGAAAUCAACCAAACUAAGAAUGGCGUGAAUCGCAAAAUAGAAACACAGGUGAACGGCGUAAACUCGAAACUAGCAAAAAUAGAUCUCACCAACGAAACGGAACUGUGUGGCGUCAAUCGUUACUUUUGCUUCUACAAGGAUAAGCCAGUGGUCGAACCAAAAAGUGUUUACGUUGGCAGAAAAGCUCGCAUGGUCUCCGAAGAUGAUAUCCUGUGUAUAUCGGAAAAUCGAAAGUAUCUGACGUGUGAUUUUACCGCAAUCGAGUACUGUGAUCUACCUACUAUUUACACCCUUUCGGUGGCCCGAUCAGGAUCGCUGUGUGCGCUGCAUUACAGCAAGGACCUUAAUCUGUGGCGAUUCAAUAGUUCAACAAAGCGCUGUGAAUAUCAAUCGGCGCAUAAGGAAAUCACGAUGAAAUUGGAGUCGGAGAACAAAUUUGGGAAAACUGCGAUGAAUUUCACUAUCAACAAUUACGAUUUGCUUCGACCGGGCUUGAUAGAAAACUUUAAAAUUUUUGAAAUUACUACUCGAAGUGUUUUGGUUGAGUGGAGUCUUCCUAAAAGUCCGAUGGACGCUCAUCGUUUGUUUGAAUUCCAGUUCAGGUUAGCUUCGGAACUUGUUCGAGAAACAAGUUUAUUUCAAAACUUCACUUUCUCCAGUGAUCAAAAACAAACUCAUACGAUCGAAGAUCUACUUCCUUUCACGAGAUACAAACUUCAAAUUAGAAGCAGAUUGGCCCUGCCGAAGGCGAGGAAUUUCGAAGAUGUCUAUUGGUCGGAUUGGGUAAGCACCGUUUUCGCGACGGAAGCAUGUGCACCGGAACUGGCACCACUGAUGAUUCCUGGCGGCUAUAGCAUUAGAAAGCGGAUCAACAACCGAAUUACGGUGGAUGUUUAUUGGAAGGGAGUUCCGGAACAGUUCUGGAACGGACCCGAAUUCGGUUACGAUGUGGAAGCCAUUUCGAGCAGUGGUGUUAGAAUUCAACCGAAGGUGGUACUCACGGAUAUGGCGACCUUUGAAAACCUGGCCUUUGGCUCCUACAGGGUAGAGGUAACGAGUAGGAAUGCACUGGGUCGGGCGAAACUCGUUGGCUCUACUACAAUAUUUUUGAGCCACCGAGAUCAACGACCUAUAAUAAAAAGGGUGUCCAGGAAGGAAAACUUCCAUCAAAUUUCCUGGUAUCCCUUGUCGGAUAAUAAAACCCCGAGGAAUUACACUUUGCUGUUCUGUGAUCUUGAUCAUACGGGAUCUUGCACCCAUGCUUUAGGAUUUCAGCUCAUACGCAACUCAAGUAGCAGUGUGAAUUUUUCGUCGGAAUACCCGAUGAAUUUUGCGUUGGCCGCUAACUAUGAAGAUCAUUCCUCUAGCUUGACGUGGACCGAAUGCAUUGUAGAGCAAUAUGGCGGAGUUGACAAUCCAGAUUUUGAUCUGGGAAACAUUUCUCAUCAUUCUUUCGUCGUUUACAUAAAAGAUAGAUGUGAGCAGAAGUCGUGGAUUCAAAAGUAUGAUAUAGAGUACUGGCCGGUUGAAUCACCACAAAAGGUGCAAAAUGUAAUAGUUAUGCCCUACAACGAUGUGAUUGUAAUAGGUCAACUACACCCAGAUACUCGCUAUAAUGUAAGUGUCACAUCGAUAGAUGAUGCAGGCAUACCGAUGACCUCUUACAGGAUUAUUACAACACAAAAGAAGGUUCCAGUUUUCCCAAUAUUCCUCUAUACCAUACUGGGCUCAGCAUUGAUCAUACUGGCGGCCUUAAGAGUCAUGCGAUAUGUUAAGCGAGUAAAGAAUAUCAAAGUAGAUCUCCCGAUCGGAUUGGAAGAAAUUUUUGAACCUGUGAAACUUGACAACCCCUUCUGUACUAAGAACGAAAAAUCAAACGUCCACAAACAGGUUAUUUUCAAUGACUGGGAUGAAUCCAUCCUAUACGAUGAAGAGUGUGAAGACGAACCAGAAAUAGAAACAACACAUGAAGAGUCAACUAUUGAAUCCGAGCCUAUUAAACCGACUCAAAACACUGGAUAUGUUGAAGCAAAUUUCCGAAUACAAAAUUUAACAAGUCCAAUCCCUAUCUCUAACAGCAUAGAAAUGGAAACAAUAAACCAUCCGACAGAACCUGAUCAAGAGGAACUGAAGGCUGAAAACCUUUCAGAACAGGAAACAAGCACAACAAAAGCACUUCAGCCACUGAAUCGACCAGUCGCCACCGGCGGAUAUGUUCCGGUAUCACAGGUGCUCAGCAUCAACAAAGCAAGCAGUUUGGAGCCGAAAGCACAAACCAGUGUUCAACGUUCCGGGUACGUGGAUUUGAACAACCUUAUAAGGCCUCAGAAUCCUUUGGUUUAGUUCAUUUUACAUUAUUUAGAAAACGUUGUGUUCAUGGAAUACUCUUGCGCGAAAUGUGAUAAAUUGGUACAAAAUAAAGCUUACUAUAUUGUCAAACUGG